AUAAUUGUAAUAACAAAAUUAGAAUGAUCCAUAAUGAUGGAAUAUUCCUGUAUCUGUUGCAGAGAAAAUUCGAGUUAUCCGGAAUCGUGCAAGAACGGAAUCUGCUCCACAUCUCCAGAAGAGAUGACUUCCGUUCGCACGUGUUAUUGCAAACAAGAAGAGAAUGUAUCGCGCAAGAAAGAUGGCAAUAUCACAGACGAGAAUCGACAUAUUCCAAUUGCCGUAUCUAAAAGAUUGGUAAUCAAGAAUAAAGCUUGUACAAGCAACAGAGAAUCUCCUAUGAGAGAAAAAAGCGACGAGAAAAUGAUGCAGCCCAAAAAUCGAUCGGUGGAAGUGCAAUCCGAUCCUGUCUUAAGUCCGGAAACGUCGACUGCGCUCGAGAACGCCGAGAAGAUUAUUAACAAUGCAAAGAUACAACUCAUGGAAGUCUGCGCAAUGUCAAGUCUGGAUUCUGUGCGACGGAAUAGAAAUACAUGUUCGGAGCCGCCGUUGGACGACGAGACGGAGGAGCUGCUGUACAUUCGUGAGCUGGUGGCAUCCAAGUUUUAUGAGACAAGCAGCUCGAGAUCGGAGGGGAACGAGAGGACGACGAGCGCACCUUCGGAGAAUCGAUCUCCGCAAAUUACCGUUCGCCGGGUCGAUUUGUCGGCGCCUAAAUUUCGGAUGUCGCGAAGAAGGCAACGUGGGGAUCGGUACCUGGAAUACGGAAGCGAACGUGCCUCGCCUACCGGAGGGCCAUCGAGAGGCGACGACUCCUCGUCGUCGUCGUCAUCGUCUUCAGCCGGUGAACGCGAGCUCGUUCGUGCGCGAGAGAACGCGUGCGAAAUCCAGAUUGGACCCUCGCUGCACAUCGUCGACCGGGAAUUGACGAGGCAGGACCUGGAGGACGUGCACAUCUCGCCGGAUUCGUCCUGGUGUCGCGCGAACACGGCUACUUACGUUCUGCGUCGCUCCUCCGAAAGUCCCGUCACGUCCGCGGAUAAGGAGGAGUCCCGGAAAAGAUCCGGAGCACCCAAGAAGACGCUUCGCGUGAGAUUAGAUACGUCGCGACGCCAGGAACCAGUCCCGGAAACCGAAGCGACAAGGGUUUGCGCGACGACGAUUGUCUCGGAAAAGGGAGAUUCCAAUCGAGAGAGACUCGAACCUUCCAAGUCUCAAGUUCGAAGUUGCAUCAACGGAGAAGAGAAGAGAGAAACCGAUACCAGGGAUACGAGAAUGUCUGAAAGUUUGGAAACAAAUCGAGAGGCGAUAAAUCCGGUCGUGAUUGAAAAUUCGGGGGCCGAUCGUGAAAGAUCGCAAGAUGAAGCUCAAGUCAAAAUUAUCUCCCGCGAUGAAACGAACCCGGAAGGAGGAAGAAUGUUCGAUGUUGAUUGUCAGGCUUAUCUGCGAAACGAGGAGAGUGCUAUGAAUGGAAUGCCGAUGAAGAACCAAAGCGAUCGAUCAAAACCACUGCCCGAUAAUGACACUUCGAGGAAAGCAGAGUUUCCUCGUCUCGGAAAUAUCGAGCAAGCUUAUCGAGCGGUGGAAAAUUCGAGAUCACGUCGGACGCAGAUUGAUGAACGCUUUUCAAAUACAUUCGACAGCCAUAAUGGACAAGAUGAGCUGUGCGAUGUCGCUGUCGAGGAUACACAUCAUCGGUCUUUCGUUUCAAACUGCAUACACGAUUUUCCAAUAAAAGACAUUUUGAACGAGGUCGAUUUGUACCGACCACGUCUCAACGACUUGGAUCUAAUUUUGCUCUCCAACGAUAAGAAAAUCGAGCGUGUCGUUCACGCGACCCAAACCUUCGGGGAAUUAUUAUCCCGACUCGAUUUCGCGACGUGCGGAAAUGAAGAGAAGCAAACAUCCGGGGAAUUCCACCAUGAAUCGUCAGCUGAUAAAGUUCUCCAACUAUCAUCGAAGGAGUCGAAUAUCGAGACUGAGCUGAAAAAUGCGGACUUGACCGUCUCCUGUGUUCCAUCAGAGAAGCGAACCGACACAAAUAUGCGGAAAACGGACACGAUAGGGAUGGAGUCAUCGGGUUUCACGAAGGAAAGUGACUCUCGUAGCAAGUAUUCGAAAAAUUCUAUGGAAUCCAGCGUGUUUCCCGGAUCGGACACGAGUUACGGUUCGGAGAUAAAGUCUUCUCGCGAUAAAGUUCAACAACCGAGAUUAGAAACGCAUCUAUCGGAAUCGUCGUCGUACAAAUCAGACGUCACCACGUUCUCCAACAUGGUUCCCGCGUUCUCCAGCACGCGAACAGAAACCCAGACGUGCGAGAAGAAGCAGAUUCCUCGAGACAAUCGUCAUGGGGAUGCGGGACGACUUGUCCUAAAAUCUGUAAAGGCUGUAAAGAGGUCGUCCGAGAUCGAUUGCUCUCGCAAGGAAUUUGAUCACAUUUUCACCCAGAUCCCCCGAAAAGAUACGUCCGAAGCCGCUGAUCGGUUCGUCGCUUAUUUUCUUCAGGAUGAGAAGCAGAGCGUCGAGAACAAAGUCGCGAAUGCCUUGAAGGAAUCUGCGAUGGAUCCUGUUGCGGUGCAAAAAUUCCUGGAUAAUAUGCGGAACGCGAAACGCGAGGCGGAGACCCUGGACAUCCUGAAGAAUAUCCUGAUCGAAGUUCAACCGGAACCAGAAACGAAAGAGUCCAUUGGAGACUCUAGGAACAUUAGCGAGCUAGAUAAGAUUAAUGCUGACGAAACUUUGGUCGCGACCGCGAUAGAAGGAUCGAUUCCUCGAGUGAAAGAUCAACUGGUCGAGCAAAUUGCCGAAAAAUCUCACGACAAGCCCGAUGAACUUUCCCGCGAUUCCUCCGCGUGUCGAGGAACGAGAGAGGACGCGGCUUCUCUUCAUCCUCUCGAGUCCGCUCAGAGUUCUAAAAAUAAUCACAGCAAGGGAAUCUCCUACUCGGAGGCGGAAUCAUUGAAGCAGAUCUCCGAUAUUCGCAGCGAUGAUGACGCACUCCCUUGUAAGAAUUCCCCACCUAAGACUGUAUCCGCAAAAUCGAACGAAGGAUGCACGAUGGAAGCUGAAGAUCUAGAUAUCAAGAUCGCGGAAUCCACGAAAAAUCAAGAGGACGAUGCGACUAACGAGAGACCAGUCGGGAAUGAAUCGAGCGAUGUUCAAGAAGCUGUGAAAGAAAUUACAAUUGAAGAAACGCGAGGUAAUACGUCAGUGAAUGAAAAUAUUGUACCUGCAAAGAUUUUGGAGAUGAUGGAGGGAAUUAAUUUGGAUGCGAAGUCUGCUGAAUCUAUUGAAACUCCGAAGAAGGAAGAUGUUAAUCUCGCGCAUUCGCCGGCGAAGGAAGAUAUCGAAGCUUUAUGCGCAAUUGAGGAAUGUAAAUCAAUGAUCAACUCGCGACAUUCCGUAGUUAAGGAGAAGGUCGAUCUUGUUGCGAAUUCCUGCUCGGCUUCUCUGCGAGAUAACGCUUCGUUGUCGAGCGCGAAAAAUGGCAAAUCAUUGUUAAAGGAAGUCGCGUCGCACAACAUCAAACCAAAUAUCACUGUUGGAGAAAAUGAUUUGAUAAAGGAUAGGAAAAACGAUGACAAAUCGAUGACGGUCGAUGAUCGUAGAAAUGGAACUGAAGUCACGAGGUUUCUGAAAAAUAUAAAAAACAACGAUGAAGAGCAAUCGAAUGACUUGACAUUGCAAGAGCAAAGAAUAGAUAUCUUAUCUAACUCUAAUUCCAGUGUUAGUAGUAUACUGUUAGAUUACGAUAACAGAUCCACCAAUGGUGCGUUUAGUGCAAAUCCAAAGAGAAUGGAAACCUCAUCGGAGACGUCUCAUUCCGAGGGAGAAUUAUAUAUGCCAAGUUCGUGUUCCUAUUCUCUCGGGGAAGUGAGAGUUUUGAAGAAACGCGAAUUAAUCUCGGAUAAUUCGAUAGAUCGUGAUAGCAGUGCGACGAUUCUCGUCACCAGGAGUAUGCUAACGUCUUUAAACAACUCUACGAUAUCUUUACUAGAAAGUUCCGGAUGUAUUUAAAGAGAAAUAUAUUCGUCGAGACGCAUCGUGAUAUAUAUUUUAAU